AUGCACCUAAAAUCUAAUCACAGCGCGCCUGUACUCAUCGACCCCAUGAACAAAUCAAGAUUAGGACUUUAUGAUGCUCUGCUUCCAUACUCUUCGGGAGCAGUCUUCUCUCCUGGCCUUUUUCUGACAGUCACGUGGAAAAAGCCUGGUGUACAUUGUGACGUUCGUUCAACUAGUUCGUUGGAUGCAAUGCAAUCCUCAUCUCCCACUCAUAGGAAACUAAAGAUAGAUUCUGGAAUUGAUAUUUCAUCAAAUGAUGUGGCUGUUGCUUAUGGCAAUUGGAUGCUCAAGUAUCCAUCCGCACUUACCUCCUUUGACCAUAUCAUAAACAAUGCAAAGGGAAAGAGGAUAGCGUUGUUUCUUGAUUAUGAUGGAACUCUAUCCCCGAUUGUGGACAACCCUGAUCUUGCCUUCAUGUCUGAUGCAAUGCGCACUGCUGUGAAAAAUGUGGCAAAAGACAUCCCGACAACAAUCAUCAGUGGGAGAAGUCGUGUGAAGGUACACGAGUUUGUAGGAUUGCGAGAACUCUAUUAUGCUGGUAGUCACGGGAUGGACAUAAUGGGUCCUGUUCGGCCUCCUAAUGAUCAUAUGGAUGAUAUUAUUUGGUGCAGUGGCAAUGAGGGUGAAGAAGGUAACUUGUUCCAGCCUGCUAGUGAAUUUCUACCAAUGAUCAAUGAAGUUUUUACAUCCCUUGUUGAAAUAACCAAAGACAUAAAAGGAGCAAAAAUUGAGAACAACAAGUUCUGUAUUUCUGUACACUACCGCAAUGUGGAUGAGAAGAGUUGGCCGACAAUUGCGCAAUAUGUCCAAGACAUUCUGAAACACUAUCCACAUUUACGAUUAACACAUGGGAGAAAGGUUUUAGAGGUUCGACCUGUGCUUAAGUGGGACAAGGGAAAGGCUGUUGAGUUCUUGCUUGAGUCGCUUGGCUUUGGUGAUUGUGAUGAUGUGUUCCCGAUCUAUGUGGGGGAUGACAGGACUGAUGAGGACGCAUUCAAGGUUUUAAGAGAGGGUGGUCGGGGUUUUGGGAUCUUGGUGUCUUCAGCCCCCAAAGAAAGCAGUGCCUUUUACUCCCUCAGGGAUCCAUCAGAGGUGAUGGAAUUUCUGAAAGCUCUGGUUAUACUAGCCAGAGGGCGACUGGAAGAGCAGGAAACUUUUGAUUGA